AUGCACGGGCUGCAGAGCUCCCGAGCACCAGGGAACCUGGCACAGAGGUUACAGGAGUGCAGUGCAGAUGAAGAGACAAGGGGACAGGGUCGCCUCCCGGGCAUCAAGGUGAAAUACCUGCUGGUGGUGUGGCUGGGCAUCUUCGUGGGCAGCUGGGUGGCAUACAUGCAUUACUCCUCCUACUCCGAGCUCUGCCGUGGCCACGUCUGCCAGAUGAUCAUUUGCGACCAGUACAAGAAAGGAAUAAUUUCCGGCUCCACCUGCGAAGACCUGUGUGAGGAGCACAGCCUCCUCUUCCAGCACUGCCUCUCCUCCUCUCCCACUCAGCAGGUUUAUGGUGGGCUCUGGAGGGACACGGAGGUGAUCAUCAAAUGUGGCAUCGAAGAAGCCUUGAAGGCAGACAGCCACCCCGACUCUGUGCCCAGGAGGGAUGUGGUCCUCUUUGACAAACCGACACGAGGAACAUCGAUGGAUGAGUUCAAAGAAAUGCUCCUGAACUUCCUAAAGUCCAACCUGGGAGAUCAGCCCUCUCUUGCAGGCCUGGUGAGCCGGAUCAUCGCCAUGGCAGACGUGAACCGGGAUGGGAAAGUGUCUUUAGCAGAGGCCAAAUCCAUCUGGGCGUUGCUUCAGCUCAACGAGUUCCUUCUCAUGCUCUCCCUGCACGAGAAGGAGCACACUUCCAAGCUGCUGGGGCACUGCGGGGACCUCUACGUCACCGAGAAGAUCCCUCACACCUCCCUCUACGGAGUGGAUGUCCCCCCUUUCUUCCAGUCGUUGCUGCCUUCAGUUCUCCACCAGAUGAUCCACCAGUGGUUCGCGCCAGCCUGGCCCCGGCGCGCCAAGAUCGCCAUCGGCCUCCUGGAGUUUGUGGAGGAGAUAUUCCAUGGGACCUAUGGGAACUUCUACAUCUGUGAGACAGGGCUCAGGAACGUGGGCUACAACGACAAGUACGACUUCAAAAUGGUCAACCUGAGGAAGGUGGCAACGGAGAUGACAAUCAGAGGUUUCCUCAAGGGGCGUCACUGUGAGCAGAACGUGGACUGCACCUACGGGAAGGACUGCACGGCUGCCUGUGACAAACUGCUGAAGCAGUGCAAAAGUGACAUGGUGCAGCCCAACCUGGCCAAGGUCUGCGGGUUGCUGCAGGACUACCUGCUGCAUGGAGCACCGCUGGAGCUGAAGGAAGAGCUGCAGAAACAGCUCCGAACUUGCAUGACCCUCAGUGGCCUGGCCAGCCAGAUGGAAGUCCACCACUCCCUCGUGCUGAACAACCUCAAGACCUUGCUCUGGAAGAAGAUUUCAAACACCAAAUAUUCUUAAUGAGGGAAGCAUGGCCUUGGAGUUUAGAAUCUGCAAUGUUGGGAGUCAAGUCUAAGGCUUGAAGGCCUGUUUCUCCAUCAUCUCCCCCACAGGAAAA